CCAGUAGGACCAACUUGCUAAGGGGUACAGACUCUGUAGGCGUUUAAACAUGUCUGCUGUCUGUGAUAAACAACCUGUCGAAGAUGCGAUUGUCAAGGUUCUCCUUGAUCACAUGAUUGACACAAAGGAAAACAUUAAUGAUAAUCUCUUGGUUUCACUUCGGAAAAGGAACCCGGAUUCAGUGAAGUUAAUCAAGAAAAUCAUUUCAAAUUUCAUGAACGAAAACCUUCUAUCUGACUUCCCAGAUCUUAAAUCAAAAAUUGAAGAUUUUCCGGAUGAAAGAAGUAUCUCAUCUGCCUAUUCAACACCUACACCUCUAGAGGAAAUAACUAUUCGUGGAAAUUCUCAGUGCCAGAAAGCUAGCUUGAUGAAGGGUGCAUGCAACCACAAGCGAUUGUUGCAAGUACAAGAAAGAGAACUUCUGGAUCUCAAGGAGCUAUUAUCAACAACAAAGAGAGAAUUCCAAGACUUGCAGUGCCAGUUGCAAAGAUUUUGGGGAGAAAUAGGAAACCAGGUGCAGGAGAUGUCUACUGCUGCUCUUGGGUAUCACAAAGUACUAAAAGAGAAUAGGAAAUUAUACAACAUGGUCCAGGAUUUGAAAGGAAGUAUCAGAGUUUACUGCAGAGUUAGGCCCACCUUCACUGCUGAACGAAAAAAUGUGGUAGAUUUUAUUGGAGAGGAUGGUUCUAUAGUAAUUUUUGAUCCGUCAAAACCUCAAAAGGAUGGAAGGAAAGUUUUUCAGUUUAAUCGUGUGUUUGGUCCUACUUCAACUCAAGAGGAGGUAUUUCUGGAUAUUCAGCCUUUAAUUAGGUCAGUGAUGGAUGGGUAUAAUGUAUGUAUAUUUGCCUAUGGUCAAACAGGAUCGGGGAAAACAUAUACCAUGAGUGGUCCAUCAGAUGGAUCCACUAAUCAUACGGGGAUUAAUUAUCAAGCUCUUGAAGAUCUAUUCCUAAUAUCCAAAGAAAGGGAGGACAUUAUAAAGUACAUAAUUCAUGUUCAAAUGGUGGAAAUAUAUAACGAGCAAGUACGAGACCUUCUUGCAGAGGAUUCAUCAACCACUAGGUUGGAGAUCCGGAGUUGUACUAGUGAGAGUGGCAUGAAUCUCCCAGAUGCUACAAUGCAUUCUGUCAACUCUACAGUCGAUGUUCUCAACCUGAUGAAGCUUGGUGAGGUAAAUCGUGUUGUCAGUUCCACUGCAAUCAACAGUCGCAGUAGUCGUUCUCACAGCAUCCUGACUGUUCAUGUGCAUGGCAAAGAUGCAUCCGGCGGCAUUCAGCGCAGCUGCCUGCACUUGGUAGACCUUGCAGGAAGUGAAAGAGUUGAUAAAUCAAAAGUUACAGGCGACCGUCUCAAGGAGGCACAAUAUAUCAACAAGUCACUUUCUUGUCUAGGAGAUGUAAUCACAGCUUUGUCACAGAAGAAUUCUCACAUUCCUUACAGAAACAGCAAACUCACACUUCUCCUGCAGGAAGCACUAGGCGGACAUGCCAAAACAUUAAUGUUUGCACAUCUUAGUCCUGAGGAAGAUUCUUUUGGAGAAACAAUCAGUACCUUGAAGUUUGCUCAGAGAGUUUCAACUGUUGAACUUGGUGCUGCUCGCGUGAACAAGGAGAGUAAUGAAGUUAUCCAACUUAAAGAACAGGUCGAAAGCCUGAAGAAGGCAUUAGCAAAUAAGGAACAAAAUGUUCUCUAUAGUAAAACCAAGGAAAUAAGAUCUCCACGUGACAAAACAAUAUCCAUGAACGAGAGAACUCCUCCACAUGUCCGAAGAUUAAGUAUUGAGAAUGGUAGUGCAGCAAAGAGUUUGAAAGUUAUAAAUCCUGAAGAUAGGAGAGCAUUGAGAACUCCUAUAGUAACUCGCACAAGGAGAUUGAGUCUGGAAGGGCAAAGGUCUGCUGCUACCAAGGAUAACAUUCACACUAAAAAGUCUGAAGAUGAGAGUAAGUCCACGUCACCUGGAAUAGGAUCAAUUAAAAAACCAUUUGGACAUUUCAGCAAUGGCAGUUUCACCAUGGAUGUUUAUCAUCUACAAGUUCCCCGAAGUCCAACAAGUUCCUGUAGAAAAAGAACAGUAAAAAAAGAUGGAAGAACACAAAUUCCACAUCUUCAACUACCAAAAUCACCCGAGCCAAAAGUAGUUGCCAGAAAUCAGGUUCAGAUUGUCAUGCAAAGCGAGUUUAGUGUUCCAGAUGAAUCUCGAACAACAAACGGAUAUGGAAUAAGAAAAUCCCUCAGAAACAUUGGAAAAUUAAUAAAUGGCUCUGAGAAGAGGUAAGCAAUUGAGACCACAGUUUAUGUUAUUACUAUUAGUUUCCUGGUAGUAAAAUUGUUGGUAGGCAUACAAACAUUUCAACUGCUAGACAAUAUAUCUGAAUGGAUUGAAAUAUAAAGUGUCUCAACUCAAAAUGUCUCUGUAAUACAGGAACCCAAAAAAUUCAGUGGAAGCACAGACCCCCA